AUGGCCUUGGUUGCCAGAGGUUGUGCUUUAGAGUCCUUGCCUCAGGCGCAGGCUCAUCCAAGGCAGCUGGAAGCUCAAGCAAAUCCUUCCCAGGCAGCUGCAGUCUUAUGGGAAGCUCCUCACAGCAUGGAGCUGGCUGAAGGAGACCACUGCCGGACGCUGGAGCAAACCCGAGUGGGCUGGCUGCAGCUCAGGGAGGGUGCUGUUGCCACGCAGACACGGAGCACUGCAGUUGGGGCCUCCAGUGCAGCUCUUGACACACUUGGCCACUCUAACAAGCAAAAAGAAAAAGCUCAUCAUGGGCCAUUUGGGAGGGAUGCACACAAGUAUUCCCUUAAAUGCACCCUCAGCCUUCCUGGUGUCCAGGUCUCUACUGUCAGUAGGAGUGAAUGUGCCACCUGGGGCAACUUCCACUUCCAUACAUUUGACCAUGUUAAGUUCACUUUUCCUGGAACCUGCACAUACGUCUUUGCUUCACACUGCAAUGACAGCUACCAGGACUUCAACAUCCAGAUCAGGCGCAGUGCCACCAACAGCUUCCUGAUCUACUUCACCGCCACCAUCGAUGGAGUGAUCCUGGAGGUGAAGGAGACAGGCAUCACGGUGAACGGGAACAAGAUCCCCCUGCCCUUCAGCUUGAAGAGCAUCCUGAUUGAGGACACGUGUGCCUACUUCCAAGUCACUUCCAAGCUGGGCCUGACACUCAAGUGGAACUGGGCUGACACUCUCCUACUGGACCUGGAAGAAACAUAUAAAGGGAAAGUAUGUGGUCUGUGUGGGAACUAUGAUGGCAAGGAGAAGAAUGAUUUGAUUUUGGACGGGUAUAAAAUGCAUCCAAGGCAGUUUGGGAACUUCCACAAAGUAGAGGAUCCAUCAGAAAAGUGUGCUGAUGUGAGUCCAGAUGAUCACACUGGAAGACAUCCUAGGAGGGACGAUGACAGAUGCAGUAAAUAUAAUACUGAUGACACAUUUGUGGUGAUUGGAGAGAUCAUCCAGUGUGGGACAUCAAAGACAAUGACUUGCUUAAAGAAUGUCUUAGUCACACUAGGAAGAACUACUAUAAAAAUAUGUUCCUGUGGAAAUAUCUAUAUGAACAAUUUCAUUGUGAAGCUGCCGGUAAGCAAAGAUGGCAUCACCAUCUUCAGGCCCUCUACAUUUUUUGUCAAAAUCUUGAGCUCAACGGGAGUACGGAUCCGAGUGCAAAUGAAACCUGUGAUGCAGCUCUCCAUAACAGUCGAUCAUUCUUACCAGAAUCGCACAUCCG